UAAAUAAGUAAGAAAAAUUGGUAGAAAUUCAUUUCCUCCGCUUCUGUUCUAAUUCAGCUGCUGCUUUUUUUUUCUUUUACCUGCGACCUCCCUAAUCGCUAUAGACUACUCAUUCGCAUAAUUAUUGAACAAAGCUUCGUUCUUCUUAAUUAAGGGUUUGGGGUACUGAUAUGGGUAUAACCGGAUGCUAAUGGGUUUCUGAGGUGGUUUUUGAGCUCAUCGGCUUCUCAGUUUGAAGUCGAGGAUUGCUGGAUUUUGUCUUGAUCGCAAGGCGACGUUGAGGAAAGUGUGCUGGUUAUUACGGAGUGGGAAAAUGACUGGAGUUGCAACUGGGGAGGCUGGAGCUGGAAGAUCAUUUGAAGGGGUUUCAACUGGGCAACAGCAGUCUCGAUGUCAGUCUGGGGAAGCAAUAGCUGAAUGGAGGUCUUCGGAGCAGGUUGAAAAUGGGAGUCCAUCUACUUCGCCCCCGUACUGGGACAGUGAUGACGAUGAUGAUGGAGGACCAAAGCCAUCUGAUUUAUUCGGAAAGUAUACUUGGAAGAUUGAGAAAUUUUCUCAAAUCAACAAAAGAGAACUUCGUAGCAAUGCAUUUGAAGUUGGAGGCUACAAAUGGUAUGGUUUCCUAUCAAUUUUUCUUCUGCCAUUGCAGUGCAUAAAAGUUUCUCAUUCUGCUGUAUUUCUGACAUGUUGACUUCAGAGUCGUU